UGCGGCUGAGGGCGCAGGCGGAGGACACGUGGCGGGGCGUGUGGUGUGGAAAAAAGCUCUUCUUGUUUUUGGAGCAUUUUGGUAUUACUCUCAAACUUGGGAGACCAGUGACUGACAUCUGGAAGAGAAAUUACUGAGGGAUCAGAGGCUCUUUUGAGUUGGGUCAGCUUGUACAGAAGACGUCAACAGGAUUCCUUUUGAAAAAGAUUCGUCAGGAUGACCAUGUUUACCCCACCAAGACUCCUGAAGCUGGCUGUGCAGAGCCUGCUGAGAGAUGAGGCCUUGGCUAUUGCUGCCCUGGAGGAGUUGCCCAUAGAGCUCUUCCCAUCUCUGUUCAUGGAGGCCUAUGCAAGAAAAUGCAUCAAGACAUUCAAAGCUAUGGUGCAGGCCUGGCCCUUUGCUUGCCUCCCUCUGGGGGCCCUGAUGAUGGAACAGCAGCUUCCCCAGGAGAUCCUUCAAGCAGCACUCAGUGGGCUUGAUGUGUUGCUUUCUCAAGAGGUUCGCCCCAGGCGUUGGAAACUGCAAGUGCUAGAUUUACGCAAGAAUGUACAUCAGGACUUCUGGACUCUGUGGUCUGGAUCCAGAAUAGGUGUGUGGUCAUUGACUGAACUAGAGACUGCACAGCCUGUGAAGAAACCAAAAGUGGACGGCUUUGAGAGAGGAGCAAAUCAACCCUUUGUUCCUGUGAAAGUGCUAUUAGAUUUGUGUCUCAAGGAAGGCAGAAAUGACGAGUUGCUUGCCUCCCUCAUGAAGAAGGUCAGACAGAACAAAGACUUACUGCACUUGUGCUGUAAAAAGCUGAGGAUUUUUGCGAUGCCCUUCCAGAAUAUUAAGAUGAUCUUGAAAAUAGUGCAGCUGGACUCUGUCCAGGAAUUGGAAGUGAAUUGUACUUGGAACCUGUCAACUUUUGGAAAGUUUGCUCCUUACCUGGGCCAAAUGAGUAAUCUGCGCAGACUUCUCCUCUCUCAUAUCCUCACUACUGCCUAUACGUACGUGGAGAAAGAAGAGGAGUUUGUCAGCCAAUUUACCUCUCAGUUCCUCAGUUUGCGUCAUCUCCAGGAACUAUAUUUAGAUUCUGUCUCCUUCCUCAAAGGCCACCUACAUGAUGUGCUCAGGUACCUGAAGAGCCCCUUGGAGACACUCUCAGUGAAUAAUUGCCUACUUGUAGAGUCAGACUUGAUUCAUCUAUCCGAGUGCCCCAGUGUGAGUCAGCUAAAGGACCUGAGCCUGAGUGGGGUCAGUCUGGCCACUAUGAGUCCAGAUCUUCUCCGAGUGCUGCUAGAGAGAGUUUCCUCCACUCUUGAAGACCUGGACUUAGAUGAGUGUGGGAUCAUGGACAGCCAGUUCAUUGCCAUCCUGCCUGCCCUGGGCCAGUGUUCCCAGCUCACAACUUUCACCUUUUGUGGGAACUCCAUCUCCAUGGCCGUGCUGCAGAAUCUUCUGCUCCAUACCAUUAAUCUGAACAAGCUAAGUCACGUGCUGUAUCCUGCCCCUUUGGAGAGUUAUGAAGACAACGAAGGCCUCCUCCACCUGGGAAGACUUGCCCACCUGCAUGCCACACUAAGGCGGAUGCUGCAUGAUGCAGGGAGGCAAGCUGUGGUCUGGUUCAGUGGCAACCCCUGCCCUCAAUGUGGUGACAAGACUUUGUAUGACCCAGAACCCAUCCUUUGCCCGUGUUACCUGCCUCUUUAGCUGAAUGCACACAUUGAUAGCUUUAGUGUGGGCAAAUGGACACUAAAGCUCAGAAUGUAAGGGCAUCUAGGAAGAACAGAGGCCUUAGUUCCAGAUGACUUCAGUAUAUGUUGGAAAAGAAAAGUUGUUAUGGUUAGCAUUCAGAUGCUGAUUUGGGAAGAUAUUUCCUUUAGAGUUAGAAAUACAAAUUUGAAAAAAAAAGAAAUACAAAUUUGAUUUUCUGGUGAGGGCAUUUGGAGG